AAAGUUUUUCCCCUUUACAUACUCUUUAAGUGCUUUUGGUUCAGAAAGACAUGUGACUAAAAGAUUUCACCAGUUUAGGCAUCCUAGGAAAAUUUCUGAAACUCGGGAAAACUAUGAGUAGCAGACAUGUCUGGCACCCUAGUGACAAAAUUUGAGUAGAACUCUUUGCUAACAGUGAAACAGUUACUGUUAAAAUGUAGUGAUUUUAAAAAUUGGUGGUUUCCAAUUAAGAGACUGAGACCAUCAGAAAACAUGUGGGAAGAUAUUUUGUACCUAACUGUUGUCUAUCCCAUGGCAGAUUUGUGGUCUUAAUGUCUAUACUCCAGGGGUGCUGAUAUGUUGAAUGGCCAUAGUACUUUUCCCCCAGAUACUGCUCCCCCAUCCUUCCCACCCCUAAUUUUUCCUUUCAGAGAUAAUGAUUCUCAGAAAAAGCAGGGCCAGAAAUUUAGAUAAGGGCAGAAAAUUUGGAAAUUGGCCCUUCACUUUCUGGAAGAUAAAAUCCUUACCUGUGAUUGGCAAGUGAAUAGAUACAUAGAUCAAUUGGACAGAACAGAGAGCCCAGAAAUAGAUUACAGAAAUAGAAUAAAUUGGUUUUUGACAAAGGACAAAGGAAAUUGAAUGAAGGAAGGAUAGUCUUUUUCAACAAGUGGUACUGGAACAAUUGGAUAUUCAUGUACAAAAAUGGACCUAGACACAGACCUUAUACCUUACAUAAUUCAAAAUGAAUCUUAGAUCUAAAUGUAAAAUGCAAAAUUAUAACUUUUGGAUGAAAACAGAAAAUCUAUGUGACCUUGGUCUUGGUGAUGAGAUAUGCCACCAAAAGCAUGAUACAUGAGGGAAAAAAAAUAGACCAGUUAUUUUAUUAAAAUUGAAAACCUCUAUGAAAGACAUUGUUGAGAGAAUGAGAGGACAAGAUACAGAUUGGGAGAAAAUAUUUGCAAAAAACAUCUGAUAAAGAACUUGUAUCUCAAAAAUAUACAAAGAACUCUUAAAAUUCAACAUUAAAGAGAACUCAAUUAAAAAGUAGGCAAAGGAUCUGAACAGAUAUCUCACCAAAGAAGAUAUACAGAUGGCAAAUGUGCAUAUAAAAAGAUGCUCCACAUCAUUUGUCAUUAGGGAAAUGGUAAUUAACCAAGAGAUACCACUGUAUACCUGUUAGAAUGGCUAAAAUCCAGACUACUUAUAACACCAAAUGCUGGUGAGGAUAUGGAGUGACAAUCUCAUUCAUUGCUGGUGUGAAUGUGGAAUGUUAUAGCCACUUGGGGAGAUAGCUUGGUAAUUUCCUACAGUUAAACAUUGUCUUACAGUAUGAUCCAACAAUCAUGCUCCUAGGUCUUUACCUAACUGAUUUGAAAACUUAUGUCUACACAGACACCUGUACAUGAAUGAAUGUAACAAAUUGUAUUUGUACCUGUCAGAAAUUGGGAGUGACCAAGAUGUCCAAGAUGAAUGGAUAAACAAACUGUGGUAUAUCCAGACAGUGGAAUACUGUUGAGCUAAAAGGAAUGAGUUAUCAAUCCAUGCAAAAAGAUAUAUGAAUCUUAAAUGCAUAUUGUUAAUGAAGGAAGCCUAUCUGAAAAGACUAUGACUCCAUUUAUAUGACAUUCUGGAAAAGGCAGAAACUAGAGGCGGUGAACAGAUGGGUGGUUGCCUGGGAUUCAGAGGGAAGGAGCAGGUGGUUUAAUAGGUGAAGCACAGGAAUUUCUAGGGUGGUGAAAAUAUUCUGUAUGAAAUUGUAAAGGUGGGAUACAUGGCACUAGACAUUUGUCAAAGCCGGUAGGACUUUACAGUGUGACCUUUCCUGUAUGCAAACUUAGGCCAGGUUACCCCUAAUAGAUUGGUUUGUCACGGUCUGAACUCUGUACUAACCUCACUGGCGAGGGUGGGGAAUAAAGAUGCAGAACUAAUGCACUUCAGCAGUGAGUGGGGAGGACUGUAAGGGCAGAGGGAACAGCACAGAGGCAUUGUAUUCGGAGUGGUAUAGUUCUUUCUCAUGGGGGUGCUAGUGAGCGGUUCUGAACCCCUUAUACAUGUAUGCUGGAAUCGAACAAGUAAAGGGACAGUAAAGGGCGGGAGCCAGGUUUUUCACUGAUGGGAGUGGGGAUUUACAGAUCAAUAAGGAAAGGAGGCUAGAAUGAUCCAUGUGGUAAUGGAUUAGUUGGCAUUUUCUAUAUGAACUCAUGUUUAGCUUAAUAUGCAGCUGAUGUGUGCAGAGAUAUUUAUAGAUACGUGUACACACACAGGUUAGUGUACACUCCUAUACUUCCCUGCUCUGCAGGCUGAGAGGGCCUAGAAGCGAUGACACCCUGCUGGCAAUGAGCAUACCCAGUGCCCAGUUUGGGGCACUAAGAUUUGGACUCUAAUACCAUUCUGUAACAAUAGAAACCAGGGCUCCUUGGAGCAAUGGCUGAUUCCAGAACUGGAGCAGGGAAUGUACAAGGUGAGUCUGGAGCAUCUACCAUGCCAGAACUAAAGGAGGUGCUUGAGAAGAAAAAGCCACAAUGAAAGAGCUCCCAAAGGCCAAAGCUGGAACAACUGGAGCAACAAACUAAAGUAUUGGAUAUAUAAUAAUGAGUUACAUGAUUGUGUAAUAUAUGAAUUAUAACCAAAAGUAUAAGAUAUGCAUGAGUCCGUACUGAUACAAAGAUAUGAUUGAAUGAAUAAAUGAGCCCCCUUAGCAGGGAUGUGCGUAUGUGCAGGGGGAGGGGAGAGCUGGGAAGCAGGACUGACUAAGGGCCUGUGAAAGUGGGCACAGCUGAGAAAAGGGGACUGCGCUGGCAUUACUGGGUGCAGGAGCAUGUCUCUGAAAGUUAUCUACUGCAUGAUCUUGUAAGUUUCUGUAAAAUGUUUACCUGUUCCGUGAGGGAGAGAAGGUACUGCCUCAGCAUAACAGCAGAAAGGUGUGAGGUUAGCACAGGCUGAUGGGAGAAGGCGAGAGAAGACUGGACAAGACUGAAGAAUGGCAGGGAAACCAAUACGAAAGGACACUUCUAUCUAUGUUGGGGACGAUUCAAAACAGUAUAUUUAAAAAUGUUCAGAAAAGGAAAAAAGGCCUUUGGCUGAUGCAGAAGAGGGAGUCCUUUCAACUCUUCUAAGAAACUGUAAACUUCUAAAAUAACAUACUUGGUAUUUUAAAAAGUUUCAAACUGUUUGGAAGGGCAUAAACUAAAAGAAAGUGAAAGUUCCUGCUUGUAUUCUCUAAUCUCAUUUUUGGCUGAUAACUAGAAUGAAUAGUUUCUUGUUUUCCUACCAGAGUUUAGUUUGCCAAUAUAAAAGUCUGCACAUAUGUAAUUAAAGCACAUACAGUCAGAAGAGGGAUCAUAUUAUACUGUUUGGCAAUUUGCUUUCUUUAUCUACCACUGUAUCUUUUUGUUUUAAUUUUUUUGAAGCAUCUUUGAUACACAAUCUUUUAUUGGUUUCAGAUAUACAACAUAGUGGUUCAGCAGUUACCCAUAUUAUGAAAUCCUCACCCUCUCUCGUGCGGUUACUAUCUGACAGCAUCACCACUAUAUCUGUAGCCAUCUACUUAGGCUAAUUGUUUUUAAAGAACAUAUUUAAGUCCCUAUUGAUGGAGAUUUCAUUGUUGUAUUGUCUGGUUUUUGCCAUUAGAAGUAGUCAGUGUGCAGUGUAUAGUCUUUGUGCUCCUGAGGAAGUGUAGCUGUGUAAAUUCAUGUAGGUAAGAUGACCAGGUCAAAGGGCGUGUGCAUUUGAAUGUACAUCAACACUGACAGGUUUCCCUCUCAAGUGAAUGGGUAUGCUUUCCCCCCACUCCCUUACCAACAUGGACACUAUUAUCAAAAUUUUAAUCUUAGCAUCUUAUCGGGAAAAUAGUUUUUCUAUUGUAGUAUUUGCAUUCAUUAAUGAUUAUCAUGUUUAUUUGACAGUUAAACAUUUUGUGUCUUAAAAAAUUUCAUGUUUUACACUUAAAAAUUUUUUUCUGUGAACUUUCUCCAUGUCCCAUUUUUCUGUUUUCUUACUGAUUUGUAAGGACUAGUUAUGAAAAUUAGUCCUCUGUCUCCAUUUGUUGCAAAUAUUUUUUUUCCAGUGUAUCAUUUGUUUUUUCACUUCAUGUCAUAUAUGUUUCUAAUUUUUACAUUGUUGUAUUGAUAAAUAUCUUUCCUUAUUGUUUUGAGGUUUUGUGUCGUGCUUGGAAAAGCCUUUCCUCAGAAUUGGUCUUUAAAGAUGUAUAUAUAUAUAAGGAUAAUGUUAAAACCAAGAUUGCAUAAACAGGGACUGAAAGUUGUGAAACAACUUUUUUUGUGUUUUUUAGGUUUUCUCAUGCAGUUUUUAAAAGAAUUGGCAGAAUAUCAUCAGCCUAAAGAAAGCUGUGAUAUGGAAACUCAGACCAGCCCCACACUUCCUAGCAAAGACUGUCUUGAGCACAUUUCAACUAGGACUGGUCAAAUUUCAAGUAUUCAGUGGCCACAAGUGGCUAGAGAGGCCUAUGUUGGACAGCACGGAUACAGAGCAUUUGGAAAAUACAGAAAACUGAGAAGUUUCAGCUUAUUGAUAACCAGUUUGCAGAUGCUUACUCCCAGCAUCCAAAGUUAGAAUCUUUAGAAAUAAAGUUAGAGGAAUAUAAGAGAGAAACAGAACAGCAGCUUCAGGCAGAAAUGUAUCAGAAGUUGAAGUAUUUUAAAGAAACUGAAAUAGCAAAAAUUAAAAUGGAAGAGAGAAGAAAGUCUGAGAAGGAAUUAGCUGAGUUCCGGAAUGAAUUUGAGAGAGCUUGUCAAGCAAAAUCUGAAGCCCUCAUUUCUCGAGAAAAGAUGACCCUUGAGAGAAUUCAAAAGCACCAGGAGAUGGAAACAAAAGAAGUUUAUGCUCAAAGGCAGCUUCUACUAAAAGAUAUAGAUUUACUAAGAGGCAGAGAAGCAGAGCUGAAACAAAGAAUUGAAGCUUUUGAAUUGGCCCAGAGGCUACAAGAAGAAAAAAAUAAAAGCAUGACUGAUGCUCUUAGGAGAUGGGAGCUAAAUAUAAAGAGCUUUGAGGAGAUGUACGACCAGAAGCUCAAGAAUGAACUUCUAAAGUAUCAGCUUGAACUAAAGGAUGACUAUAUCACUAGAACUAGCCGACUGGCUGAAGAGGAAAGAAAGAAUAAAGAAAAAGUUAUACACUUGCAAGAGGAGCUUACAAUUAUUAAUUCAAAAAAGGGAGAACUCAGCCGUUCCGUAAAUCGUGUGAAAGAACUUGAGCUUGAAUUAGAGUCUGUCAAAGCCCAGUCUUUGGCAAUAACAAAGCAAAACCACCUGCUGAAUGCAAAGGUUAAAGAGAUGAGUGACUAUUCACUCCUAAAAGAAGGCACACUGGAGCUUCAGGCACAGAACAAACUUCUUAAACAACAACUGGAAGAGAGUAGAAAUGAAAACUUGUGUCUCCUAAACAGAAUAGCUCAACCAUCUGCUGAGCUGGUGGUUUUUCAAAAACAAUUAAAGAAAGCAGAAAAUGCAUUUAAGCAUCAGGAGCUCGAAACCCACAAGCAAGCUUUGCAAAAACAGCUGCAAAGUGAAAUUGAGCAUUCCGCACAGCUGAAGGCCCAGAUACUAGAUUACGAUGCCUCUGUAAAAAGGUUAACUGUGCAGGUUGCUGAUUUAAAACUGCAACUGAAACAAACUCAGACAGCACUAGAGAAUGAAGUGUACCGCAAUCCAAAGCUGUCUUUGAUGGAUCCUUCUGUCAGCAGGUUAGUAAGUGGCAGGACGGUGCCUCAUGAUGGGGAUAUAAGCGGGGAUUUCUUGAAAAAUCCUCUCGGACAGGAGAAGCUGAUGGCAGGCACAGUUACCCCAAGAAUCACAAAUUACACAAACGAAGGCACAGGGAGUAGUUCGCCCGAUUCUGACGUGGAGUUUGUAGUCAGUACCAAGGCCAGGGUGAAAGAGCUCGAGCAAGAGGCUGAGCGCUUGGAAAAAGCUUUCCGAAGUUACCAUCGAGGACUUACUCACCAGCACUCUAGAAGCUCACUGGCAGCCAGGAGCCCGCCACCCCUGCACUGGCACGGGUGGCUCAACACCAAGACUUCACAUUCCCGCAAGAGACGGUCUUUCACCGAGGACAGAGCUGUCUCUGAGCCGCCUGCGGGGGCCGCGCUCACAGAGGAGAGGAGCAUGGCGUCGGAAACGCUGGCGGGCAGCACGGCCUCCCGGCUCCGUAGAAGCGCUUUGCCCCGUCGCCUCUCCUCCACUCCCCUCCCGGAAGCAAAACGAAGCCUUGAUGGGGAAAUGUAUCUGGAAGGUCUGGGCCAGUCCCAUUCUGCUGCCCCCAGUCCUUGUCCUGACAGAGCACCUCAGCCUUUACCUGCUGAACCUAGGCACAGCCCUUCCCCCCACCAGCUGUCUGGCCCUCCAGAGCAGAAGUCUGGGCAAAUGGAACUUAAAGACAAAAGUGAAUUUUCAAAAUCGGAGAAGCAAGUUUUUAAGGACAAUGAGGAAUUUGAAUCAUCUCUUAAAUAUAAGUUCAAUCGUGCAGGGAACUCACCAAGGCAGUUUGGUGCAGAGGACCUCCUUCCUGCUGGCGACAUGCCUCCCAUGGACAUUGCUGCAGCUACUGCAGGGAGCUCACCAAGGCAGUUUGACGCGGACCUCCUUCCUGCUGGCGACAUGCCUCCCGUGGACAUUGCUGCAGCUACUGCAGGGAGGUCACCAAGGCAGUUUGACACGGAGGACCUCCUUCCUGCUGGCGACAUGCCUCCCAUGGACAUUGCUGCAGCUACUGCAGGGAGCUCACCAAGGCAGUUUGACGUGGAGGACCUCCUUCCUGCUGGCGACAUGCUUCCCAUGGACAUUGCUGCAGCUGCCCUGCCCAUCACACCUGCCUCCAGUCGCUACCUGAAUCACAAAUCAGUUGGAGAACAGAAGGAAAAAGAAAAAAUAAGGGAUCAGCACAUGAAAGAACAAAGGCAGAGAGAAGAAAGAAGGCAGAGUGAACGACAAGAAGCUUUAGAAAGGCAACGAAGAGAGCUAGAAAAACUGGACCAAGAAACGAGGAUUUUUGAAGAAUCAUUAAAGAUUGAAAUGGAAAAAGAAUUACAAAUGAGUAUUCAAGAAAUGGUAGACAGAUCUGUUUGUGGUGAAAGUCCUUUAGAGAAAUACAUGAAAAUCCUCCAGCAGAGUCAAGACCAGAAAUCGUCAGAUAAGAGUUCAAAAAAGGUUGUCAGAGACGGUUCCCAAGUGGACACACUGCCAUUGAGUGACAAAGACGAAAGUUUCACAGGCUUUUCUCAAGAAGAACAAGAUGAUAUUUGGUAACCGUGUUUGCUGCCCAGCUUCUGACUAAUGUAAUAUAACGUAAGUAAAGGCACAUGAGUUUUCUAUAAUAAGACAAAAUUCAGAAUAAAAAUUUUAUGCAUGACUCUCUGGAGGACUCAUGCCGGGGGAUGAUCAUCAGAAAGCCUCCACAGGGAUCCGGGCGAUGCUGCGUCCAGCCCACCGUCUCCUGGACUUGCCACUGGAAGGAGGAGGGA